AUAUGGCUUCACUAGCUUCGUAUGGUGUCGUCUAGCUUUCUACUUUUAGUAAAUGUCCCACUUGAUUUUUGGUAAGGAUAAAUUCCAACUAUGUUUUACACCAUUAGAGGUGAAUGACGCGUGAAAACUAUAUAUCAGUGGAAAAUCCAAAGAGUUUUCAAAACGGUCUCGUUACAUUAAAUACAUACAUACAACUAAUAAAACUUUUUAUUAGUUAAUUAUCUUACGUUUAAACCAGUCAUCGACCUUAUGAGUGCAAACAUUGCAUGUUGAUGGGUUCAAGCUAAUAUGGAGCUAAAUUAUUUAUUUAAUUUGCAGAGCAGUUAAGCUAAUCAAGUAUAGGUAAAGAAGAACCAUAAUAUACAAUCUUUGCUUAUAUCGCAUGGUUUUAUAGUUACUAUAGCGACAAUCGCCUGCUGCAGGCACAAAUGGAUUCUUUUAUAAAUAUGUAAUUAGGUAUAACGUCAAACGUUCAGGGUGGUACUAGUCAUUUGUGGGUACAAUUUUGGUUCGAGGCAUUUUCUGUAAAUAUGAUGUGAACAUCUCUCGGCAUGGCUUCAGUUCUACAUAAUAAUUAUAUAAAGGAUAACACAGAUGAAUUGAAGGAAUUGAAAAGUGUGUACGUUGACGACGAACAAAAGAAAAUGAAUCGCCCUAAAACAGCCAAGGAAACAUUAAGUGAAACAGUUACAAAUAUACGAAACGAUUCCAGGAGAUUUUAUAAGUUUGUCAAAAGUCACAUUCGUAUAAAACGAGGAGAAAGAGACACAAAGGUCAAGGAAAUAUCCAUUAUACCGGAAGAAGAUGGAUCGACCUGGGCAAAACGUUCAGUAAAUAGCGCCGCCUCGCGGUCAAGUAUUGACUCUAACUUAUCUUCAGACAGUCAUUGUAGCAAAGACAGUUACGGUGUUAUUCAUAACAUUGACAUUGAGCAUUACUCGUCAGAUGUAGUAUCACCGUUCUGAGAGAUAUAUUACCUUUGAACAUUACUCAUCAGAUGCAGAAUUACCGUCCUGAGAGAGAAAAUGGAGAAUCAGAAGCAAUGCAAACGGAUUACAAAAUACACCUCAACAAUUCUAGUCAAAUGUACUUUUUGUUUAGGGGCCAGCUGAAGCCCGCCUGCGGGUGUGGGAGUUUCUCGCUGUGUUGAAGACCCAUUGGUGGCCUUGUGCUGGGUUCUUCUCUUUGGUCGGGUUGUUGUCUCUUUGACACAUUCCCCGUUUCCAUUCUCAAUUUUAUAUUUCAUCCCAUGUAUAAAUUUCCUGUUUCUGAUAGAACAGCAAUUGAACCGAAAUAAAUACAUGUCUUUAUAUUUUCUCAAUAAUUGGAAACAAAAUUAAUCAGUAUUCCAUUCGACUUAUAAUUGAAACUUUCAGUGUUAGUAAAUAACACUUUUUUCGACUUUUAUUCAAUUCUAUACAGAUAUAGUUGAAUAUAUUUUACUCAUUUUAAGUGAAACACCGUCAAUUAAGACAGUGAGCCUCAUGUUUCAUAAAGUGCAAUAAAUUUGCAUUUAUUCAUUUAAUUAGAAUACGGUAUGUUUUUCAUUUUUGAUCUUUUCUUAUCAUUGUUAUGCUGUGUAUUGCUAAAUGUGAAUAUAAGCAGUAGUAACCUUUAGUUGACCAGUUACAAUAAACAUCUUGGCGAAGAAA